CCAGCAGGCGGCAGCAGCCGCUCCCCGCGUCCCGUCGCUCUUGUCCGCCGUCGUUGACCGUCGACAGCCCGCCGGAAGUCCGCCACGGCUCCGUGUUUACCUCCGAGCAGCUUCGCUUUUUCCUCUAAUUUUACGUGAAAACAACAACAAGGAGAACAAACAGCUGAGCCACUCUGAGGCGGCGAUGGAGGAAUUUCACAGCGGCAGCAGCAGCAGCGAGGGCUCGUUCAGCUCAGAGGAGGCUGAGAACACCGUGAAAGAGUGUAUAGAGAACGUUGUAGGUGGUGACGACUACAGUCAGACUCAGGUGAAUAAAUGGACGGCCAGCAUCGUGGAGCGCUGCCUCACACAGCUGGUCAAACAGGGGAAACCAUACAAAUACAUCGUGACGUGUGCUGUGAUGCAGAAAACAGGAGCAGGACUCCACACAGCUAACUCCUGCUACUGGGACACAGCCAUGGACGGAAGCUGCACUGUGAGAUGGGAGAACCGCACCAUGUACUGUGUGGUCAGUGUGUUUGCUGUGGCUAUCGCAUAGCACACACACACACACCGUAUAAAUAAAUAUACAUAAUGGCCACCGGUAUCAGCAGAAGAUGACUGCAGAGUAUCUGUAUGAACAGCAGGGGGCGACCACGUGUCACAGACCUGAGGAGCAGCUGCAGAGGAGACAACAGCUGGGUUUCCUUCAUGUUUUCACCUUUAACAGCGUCUCCUGUGCCGCUGAGGCCUGACGGCUGCAGCACAUUCACUCUCAUUCUUCUUCUGUGGUUUUGUUUCUGUUUAUUAUAGGAAUCGUGUGAGUGAGAGGAAGAGCUGCUGUACUCAGAUCAGUUUACUCUCAACAAGUCAUUUCUCUUAAAUGAAUAAAGGCAGACGAUCAGUC